UUCAGACAGGAUAUAAGGAAGAAAUACUUUUAUGGUGAAGGUGGUGAGGCACUGGCACGGAUUGUCCAAAGAGGUGAUGGAUGCCCCAUGUCUGGAAACAUUCAAGAUAGAAAGUUUGGCCUGAAAGUGCAGAAGGCAGAAGCCACUGAUAUAAUACUGAGCUUGACAAGAAGAAACCUGGACCACCACCUGCCCCUCACCCACUGCCUCUGGGUCCUGAGGGUUUGUGCUUCUAAUGUUACCACAGGAACUAUGCUUGGCAUCAAUGGAGCCAUGGAGCUGCUUUUCAAAGUCAUCACUCCCUACAGCAAGAGACACGUCAGGACGGUCAGGGCAGCCAUUGGGACUCUGGCAGCUCUACUGAAAUCAAAGUCCAACAGCCGCCGGGCAGUGAACAGGGGCUACCUGGGUGGCUUGCUGAGACUCUACCAAGACUGGCAUCGCAAUGAUGUCUCCAACAACUACAUUUACAUUCGAAGGGGUCUCCUGCUCUGCCUAAAGUACAUCACCAACAUCCAGCUGGGCAGGGAGACUUUCCUUGGUUCCAAAGGAAUGGAGAUUCUCUUCACAAGCGUGCAGGACUGUUUAUCUCAUAAAAAUCUGGAUCCUAUUAUAACCACUGCAACUCAGAUUCUGAGAAAGUGCUACCCCAAGGAGCAUCUGCCUGUGGCGACAGUAAACAGUUCCUAUUCCUUCCCUCUUCCUGGGAAUGCUAAGGCUGAACCUCCAUGUGAAGAGUCUGAAGGUGACUAUGAAAGUGAUGGAGAAGAAGAGGCUGAAAAAGACCUGGAUAACGAGGAUGGGGAGAGUAAGGAGGAAGAUUAUGAUUUGGAGACAGAUGUGAAUAAAUUGAGGACAAAGCCAGUGCUUGACCGGCCAGAGGAAGAUCUUGGACAAUAUGAAGCAAUGUGUCCAGAACUUUCCCAUAAUUUUCAGGAGCUUGAAUUGGAGUCUGAGGAAGAGAAGAGCUUGAAGGACAGGACUGAGAGUCUUCUCUCUGCUCCUUCUCAUUUCAUUCCAAGUGCUACUUCUGCGAAACAUCCAAACUGCAGAUGGAGAAACCAAAGUGUCACAGAGAUGGGACCAGAUCCAGAUGAACAAGAUUUCAAAGUUCCACUGAAGAGCUGGAGAAAGAAGGAGGAAUGCAGAUGGGAUCAGAAUGAUGAAAAGAGAGUCAUUGCAGAAGCAGCCCAGGAUACAGACUCCUGUGAAGAGGAAGAUGCAGCCAGAAGUCGUGUGCUUGCUUUGCGCCCUCUCCCAAAAGAUGCUGCUUGGUACAAAAAACUGUUUUACCCUCACUGUGAGGCCUCAAUCAAUCCUAGUCCUGGAGGGAGGCUGGAGAGCUCAGUCGUAGUGAGAAAUCUUCUGGAGAAACACCAAGGGGAUGUCCUGUUCCACAGCCCUCGCUUCUACACAGCCAGGGCCAAAUGUGUUAAGUCCAUACCAGGCUACAGAGACUUGGCAUUUCCCGAUUUCUGGGGUCACCAGCCACCUCCUCACAGCAAGCCCAUGUUGGAGCGCAAGCAGGGAGUUCAAAGGGACAAAGUCCUAGAUGAUGUUCGCCGCCUAAUCCAGCCGGGUGAUGUGAUCGGCAGAACUGUGUUUGAUUUGGAUGAGCCCAGCAGUUGCUCAAGCCCAGGUGCUCCAGGUUGCCUGACAUUCUUCUCCAAGUUUGAAUCGGGAAACCUUCGCAAAGCCAUCCAAGUGCGUGAGUUUGAGUAUGACUUAAUUAUGAAUGCAGAUGUCAACAGCAACCAGCAUCACCAGUGGUUCUACUUCGAAGUCCGUGACAUGAAGUUAGCAGUUCCCUAUCGCUUCAACAUUAUCAACUGUGAGAAGUUCAAUAGCCAGUUUAAUUAUGGUAUGCAGCCGGUCAUGUACUCAGUGAAAGAAGCUGUCCAGGGCAGGCCUCGCUGGAUUCGGGCAGGCCAUGAUAUCUGCUACUACAAAAACCACUACCACUGCAGGGCAACUGCAGGAGGAGGCAUGAGAGGAAAGUUCUAUUACACACUCACCUUCAGCAUCAAAUUCCCGCAUAAAGAUGAUGUCUGUUACCUGGCCUACCAUUACCCCUAUACCUACUCCACAAUGAUGUCCCAUCUUGAUAUUCUGGAACAAAAUAGGAACCCUAAGAAGGUUUACUGGAGGCAGCAGACACUCUGCCAGACACUGGGAGGAAAUCCAUGCCCAUUGCUCACAAUCACUGCUAUGCCAGAAUCUAAAAAAAGAAACGACCUGGAGCAAUUCUGCAAUCGUCCUUAUGUGUUUCUAACAGCCCGUGUUCACCCUGGUGAGAGCAAUGCCAGCUGGGUGAUGAAGGGGACCUUGGAGUUCCUUGUGAGCAGUGAUCCCAUCGCUGAUCUCCUGCGGAAAUGCUUCAUUUUCAAGAUCGUGCCCAUGCUUAAUCCCGAUGGAGUCAUCAAUGGCAACUACCGUUGUUCAUUGAGUGGGCAUGAUCUGAACAGACAGUGGAUGACACCCAAUUCCCAGCUGCAUCCAACUAUUUACCACGCCAAAGGUCUUCUCUAUUACCUGCGCAGCAUUGGCCGGGCUCCUCUGGUAUUCUGUGACUACCACGGACACUCCCAGAAAAAGAAUGUGUUUCUUUAUGGCUGCAGCAUCAAGGAGACCUUGUGGCAAGCAGGCUGCAUGGUUGACACAGCAGUUAUCACAGAAGAUGUUGGCUACAGAACUCUUCCUAAAAUCCUGGAUAAAGUGGCCCCUGCAUUUGUCAUGAACAACUGCAGCUUCCUGGUGGAGAAGUCCCGGGAGUCGACGGCCCGGGUGGUGGUGUGGAAGGAAAUGGGUGUGUUGAGGAGCUACACCAUGGAAAGCACCUACUGCAGCUGCAGCCACGGACCCUACAAAGGCCUGCAGCUGGGAACGCAAGAGCUGGAGGAGAUGGGAAGCAAGUUUUGCCUUGGGUUGCUGAUUCUGCACCUCAAAUCCCUGCCCUGCAGCAAGGAGGUGAUGGCUCAGGCAGCACUCCUGCUAGAUCUGGAGGAGGAAAUAACAGACCGGGCACAAAGAAGGUGCAGCAACAGCAGCUUGGAGUCUGAUGAUGAACCUCCUUGUGUGGAAGAGAUCGAUUACAAUACUGACACUAUCUCUGAUUGCGAAGAGGACUUCUCAGAGCUAGAUCAAGAGAUCCAGGAGUCCCUCUCGUGGGUGGAAGGCGAGAGAGAAGAUGAGGGAGUGACCACAGGACAGACAUGCAGCUCCAGGGCUCUAAGGGGGCUCUACAUUUCCAGCCAGCCAGCCCCCAACAGUACAGCUCUUCCUCUGGGUUCAGCAGCGCUUGGGCUGUACAAUGGGUUCAAGAGCAGCCCUGUGUGAACAAGGCUGUGACUUGCAGGGCAGCAAGUGAAUGGGUCACUUGUCAUGUUUACCUGUUUGCCAGCUUCAGCAUCCUUCCCAGAUGUGUUGCUUCAGUUCUGAAUGGAAAAAUGUGUGUUUGUGUAAGUUGUGUAAAUACGUCAUUUGGGAAUGACUCCGUAUGUGUACACCAGGCAGAGUGAGAUGCCACUAGCCCAGAUGGUACUAUGUGAGUUCAUCCUUUCCUAAAUAUAAUCCCCAGUUUCCUGGAUGCCUCUAGUAUGAGGUUUCAUCCAGACUGACCUAAGGAAUGGUAUGUUGAGACCAAGGAACCAGAGACAAUUCUCCUUUUCCUACAUUAGGCCUUUGCCUUGAGAAGGGACAGUUACUGAUGCCUUUUGCCAGAGCUCUCUGUUGCCAUUCAUUUCUCUUGAGCUGUAGAGCAUGGAUCUUAUUUCUGUCUGAUCGGAAUUUUUACAAUGUGUUCAACAGGUUGGGUCAGGCUGUGCGUGUUUCUGAGCUGGUUAUAUCUCAAUAACAGCAUAGGAAAUCUAAUGUGCCAUAGUAAGGAAAGCAGCAGUAACAAUACAUAGCAAACCUCUGGAAACCUGGGCUAAACUGACCAGUAGAUUAGUCAUGGUGGCAAUAUCCAAGAGUGAAUUUAGCCCAGGCAUCAAUCAGAACAGUUUCUUUAAUCCCCAAGUGGAGAAAAAUUUGAUUUCUCCUAAAAUUGCCUUCAAACACAUAUCCCAUUUCCUGAGAAUCCGUCACAGACUGAGAACCCACACAUGUUCCCAGUAUCCCGAAAGUAUGAGAUCACAUCACUGCAUCUCACACUUCACAUUGCCUGAACUUCUCAUGUGUCUUAGACUCUGCUGCUGCAAAUGGGGAAUUGUCUCAAAUCCAAAUGGAACUAACUGUAUGAUGCAAGAGGCUCACAACUCUGUCACUGCUUUGUGAGGCUCACGAAGGAUGAACGUGUGUUGUAGCAUUACAGCCUGCAAGGACUCCAGUGAUUACCAGUGAUGAUUAUUAUUAAUAUUGAUGCAUGAUUAAAAGCACCAUGUCAUCCUUCCAUUUCUAUGCUGUUUGUGGAGAGAAUUCCUAGUGCAGAACAAGGUUCUCUCUCGUGUUUCUGGACACCCUUCCUCAGACUACCUAGACGUAUUUUUCAGCAGGAAACUAUGCUUUAGACAAAAAGCUUCUUCCUAUCCUCCUAGGUUUUAAAUAUCCACAUAUUUUAAAGUCUUCACUAGCACAUAAGAGUUCCCUGUGACUCUAUUAUGAUGCUCAAAAGACAAGCAGCUUGGGUCCUUAGAAGCUGAGCUUCUUAGCCCAAACUAAUUCAUUAGGUGUGGUGUGUGUCCCUGUACAGAUGUCCCAUUCUGCUUGUUUUAGUGUGCAGCUUGUUGCACACAAUAUGGAAAUUUUCAUAAAAGGUUGGCUCACAGAAAGGGAAAAAAAGAGGUAAAAUAGGUGUUCCCAUUAUAAUAGUUUGUAUAAUACUACUUCAAAACUUAUUAAUAAAAAACAAUAUAUGUGUAUAUUUAGGUUAAAAAUCCAGCAUUUGUAGUCAUGACAAAAACCUGACACUGUGCUAAGUCCUGACAGCAGCAUAUACUGGCCAUGCUGUGGGGUCUUCAGCAUUCAGAGCAUCCUCGGGACACAGGGCAAAGAAUACUGUUGUACAUAUAUGUGUCUGUAAAUGUGCCCAUACACACCCAUGCUACAUUCUGUACCAAUGCUCUGCCACAACAGCAGCUGAACGGUGCUUGCUCAGGCUAACCAAUGGUACACUCUAUGCAAAGGAAAAAAAAUCUUAAAUCAGCAUUUUUCCUAAUGACACACCAAUAUUUUGGCUAUAACUUUCUAGCUGUUUCAUUCUGAAUGUUUUAGGAUAGGGAGAAUUCAGUUUAGUGGGAAUAUUCUGCCCUGGUCAAUGAACUGCACAAGAGUUGUCCUAAUAUAAUAAAAGCAGAGAUGUAUCUUCCAUGUGUAUUAGGAGCCAAAUGUGUAUGAGCAGUACCACUGUUCCAGAGACCCCUGUGCUAGGAGCUGCAGGAGGUAGAGAGAUGGCAAAGGCCCUUAAGGUGUUUCCAGGGUCUGGGAUCCAAGUGCAGCAGCCGAGCUGGGAGCAAAGUGUCCCUGCACAUCAACCACACCUGCUUAAAUGCUGCUGUGCAGUAUGAAAAGCCUGGCCAAUCUCUUGUCUAUGGCAGCAUCCCAUGUCUGUGCCAAACAACUUGUCAGCAAGUAGUGAGGGUGCUGCAGAAGGCACUGGCCACAUGAACCCUGUGGCCCAAGGGUGCUCAGCCUCCUGCUGAAGAAGUGAAGCGGGAGGGCUGGGUGACCAACCACUUGGGAAUGGCACCUGGAAACCUUCGCGAGAAGAAGUUUUGUGGGCUGCCUCAUUUCUUCCAGGAACUUCUACAGGGAGCAGAUGCUCCUCUUCUUUUAACAGACCUCUAGAGGUCAGGAGAACGCCUCCAUGUGCGCCGCGCACUCCACGCUAUUAAAAUUCUCCCUGAGUCAUGGUAAUUAAGCAGAACUAGGCUCUGCACAGAG